AUGAAACGUGUUUUUGUAUACAGAAACAAAUUAGAAGAGGAUGGAAAACUUAUGGCCGUGGAAGACACGAUUAAAGACUUCAAGAAGGCAAUCACGUCUCAAUUUCAGCUUAAACAGGAAAACUUAAAGUGUUUUUCCGCGAAUGGGUGUGAAAUUAAUGACGUAAGGGUAAUAAGAGACAAUGAAAAAAUUUAUUUAUCUUAUGAAUAUGAUAAAACGAGUAAAAAUUGUGAUACUUUAGCAAAAUCGACUGAGAACUUAAAUGUUUCUGAAGACAAAGACAGGAUAGUUUCUGACUGGAUAAGGCUUAAUGUAGGAGGCAAACUCUUUGUAACUUCUCGAUCAACGCUGCUAGCUAAAGAGCCUUUGUCUAUGCUUGCCCGAAUGUUUGCAAAUGAUAACAAUAUGUACUUAAUGAAUCCUAGUGCAACUGAUGAUACUGGGGCUUAUUUAAUUGAUCGAAGCCCAGAAUACUUUGAACCAAUUUUAAAUUAUUUAAGACAUGGAAAUGUUAUUUUAGAUAAAAAUAUAAAUCCAAAGGGUGUUUUGGAAGAAGCUGUGUUUUAUGGGCUUGAUUCAAUGAUUCCACAGUUAAACCAGUUAAUUGAAGAAUCUUUAAGUAUUAGUAGUAACAAUACAUCACUAACAAGAAUGGAUGUAGUUAAAUUAAUUAUUAUGACACCCACACAAUCUGAGUUGCGAUUUCAAGGUGUUAACUUGGCUGGAGCUGAUCUAAAUAGGUUGGAUUUGAGGUAUAUUAACUUUAAGUAUGCCUGUCUCUCACGAUGUAAUCUAAGUGGAGCAAAUCUAUCUCACUGCUGUUUAGAAAGAGCGGACUUAUCUCAUGCCAAUUUAGAAGGGGCUCAGUUGUUAGGUGUAAAAGCCUUAUGUGCUAAUAUGGAAGGUGCUAUUUUAAAGGGAUGUAACAUGGAAGAUCCAGCGGGAUCUAGAGCUGUGAUGGAAGGAGUUAAUUUAAAAGGUGCAAAUUUAGAAGGAAGUAAUAUGGGUGGUGUUAAUUUACGUGUGGCAACAUUAAAAAAUGCCAACCUACAAAAUUGUGACCUCAGGGCUGCAGUAUUAGCUGGAGCAGAUUUGGAGUGUUGCGAUUUAUCUGGCAGUGAUCUCCAUGAAGCAAAUUUGAGAGGAGCUAAUUUAAAAGACGCAGCAUUUGAACUGAUGCUGACUCCCUUACAUAUGUCACAAACUAUUCGA